AUGGCUACUCCUGACGUGUGGCAUCGAAAACCUCAGGGUGAUGAUUUGGAGGGCUUGGCUGAUUUGUGGGACCGGGAUGAGACUUUUCGUCGUGCUGUGGUCAAGAGAAGAACUCUAUGCAUUUGGCCAGACGCUAAGAAAACCGGCCUCAUCAGCUACGAGACACUUCAGUUGAAUGUCCAUCUCAUGAAGAUGAUGGUUGACUUUUGGUGUCCACGGCAGUCAGUUGCGAAGACUUUGCCAAUGGACAACCUUAAGUGGGAGGCGGGGGUGAAGGCGUUUCGUGCCACCAUUGGCCUGGCAACGCGCCCUUCUGUGGUGCACUGUGAGGCAGCAGCGAUCAAGGGCUUUAUGAGCCUGAUAGAAAUCGUGGAGAUUGACCGCCUUGCUCAGAUCGGCUUGCGGCAGUCUUGUCGGGGGCGGAUGAAACGUCCUGCAGCCAAGGAUCCCAUGAAGACCUUUUGGCAGGCAUUGCGCACCGCAUUUGAAACCAUUGUUCAGAACAAGGACCCUUUUUGGAAGUUUUGCCAGCGUCGCUGGAAUUGUGCCUUUCCAGCUGACGGUGGCCUCGACCACUACCCCUCCACUGCCGUGAAGCUUGCAGAGGAAUUCCUUGAGGAUUCGGCAGUGAAGAGUACAGCAGGCCUUCUUCUCGUCGAUGCCAGCUCCCAGGGUGCUGAAAGCUUUCCUAAAACGCUUGCCAAGAGUGUAGGGCUUGGAAUUGCAGCGCACGACAUUUCAUACGACAAGUCUCAGAAUCCUAGAUCUGCAAUGGACAUCAACGAGUCUGGAGGAUUUCUGGAGUAUCCGCCAGCCUUUGCAGCGCAAGUGCUGCGUUCCAGAAAGGCUUUGCUCCGAUCUAAGCCGCGGCUUCCACAGGCUGUGCGCCUUCGACGUGGCAAAGGCAUUGGGAGAAGGGCCGCUGAUGAAGCGGAGACCGGGGCACCACUACUAGCAGCUGCUUCAGCUGCAGUACCAGUCGACCCUUCGAGGGGGCCCAUGGAUGUGGAUUUCCCCUUGACCCAGGCAGACCCACCUCUUACCCUCUCGCCCGACAACCAGCUUGGUCUCAGCGCUGAAUCUCUCCGUACGGAGCCAACACAGGUCGUUCCUCCGGAGGAAGGGCACAGGAAGAAGAGGAUGGGCGCCAAGAAACAUUGCCUGGCCACACCUGGGUUCACGAGGAAAACACAACGGAGUAUUUUGGAAAGAGCAAUUGAUGAGACCACGGAUGACCAGACGGUGAGCAAGGCAAUCCAGAAGCGCUUGGAGAAGUUAGGUGAAGCCGAGGCCGAGGACCCGCUCAUGGAACAGGCUGCUGAAAAUCUUGCAGAGGGGGAGCGCCUGGAUUUCCAUUUGAACUGGUUGAGCAUGAACCAAGAUGGGGUGAGUGUGAGAACCGUGACCACCCGGGUUUUGCAACGCAUGUUCUUGAAGAAGUAUGCGCUUCUGAAACGCAAGUACAGUAGUGGUGCUACUGCUUAA